CUCCCCCUCCUGCUUUCCUCCAGCAAGUGCACACUCGCUAGUGGUCUGAACCGGCGGCAGGGUUUAAUGGCAGAGCUAUUUUCUUUCCAAACUAUUCAAAAUGAUGAACGAAGAUGCAGCUCAGAAAAGCGACAGUGGCGAGAAGUUCAAUGGCAGUAGCCAGAGGAGAAAAAGACCCAAAAAGUCUGACAGCAAUGCAAGUUUCCUUCGAGCUGCCAGAGCAGGCAACCUGGACAAAGUGGUGGAGUAUCUGAAAGGAGGCAUAGACAUCAACACCUGCAAUCAGAAUGGACUCAACGCUCUCCAUUUGGCAGCCAAGGAGGGCCACGUGGGCCUGGUUCAGGAGCUGCUGGGAAGAGGGUCUGCUGUGGAUUCAGCUACUAAGAAGGGAAAUACUGCUCUUCACAUCGCAUCUUUGGCUGGACAAGCAGAAGUUGUCAAAGUUCUCGUUAAGGAAGGAGCCAAUAUUAACGCACAGUCUCAGAAUGGCUUCACACCUUUAUAUAUGGCUGCCCAAGAGAAUCAUAUUGAUGUUGUAAAAUAUUUGCUGGAAAAUGGAGCUAAUCAGAGCACUGCUACUGAGGAUGGCUUCACACCCCUCGCUGUGGCGCUCCAGCAGGGGCACAACCAGGCAGUGGCCAUCCUCUUGGAGAAUGACACCAAGGGCAAAGUGAGGCUACCGGCCCUACAUAUUGCAGCAAGGAAAGAUGACACCAAAUCUGCCGCACUCCUGCUUCAGAAUGAUCACAAUGCUGACGUACAAUCCAAGAUGAUGGUGAAUAGGACAACUGAGAGUGGUUUUACCCCUUUGCACAUAGCUGCACACUAUGGAAAUGUCAACGUGGCCACCCUUCUUCUAAACCGGGGAGCUGCUGUGGACUUCACAGCCAGGAAUGGAAUCACUCCUCUACAUGUGGCUUCCAAAAGGGGAAACACAAACAUGGUAAAGCUCUUACUGGAUCGUGGAGGCCAGAUCGACGCCAAAACUAGGGAUGGAUUGACUCCACUUCAUUGUGCUGCAAGAAGUGGGCACGACCCAGUGGUAGAGCUUCUGCUGGAGCGGGGUGCUCCCUUGCUGGCAAGGACUAAGAAUGGGCUGUCUCCACUACACAUGGCUGCUCAAGGGGACCACGUGGAAUGUGUGAAGCACCUGUUACAGCACAAGGCACCUGUUGAUGAUGUCACCCUAGACUACCUGACGGCCCUCCAUGUUGCUGCACACUGUGGCCACUACCGUGUAACCAAACUUCUUCUGGACAAGAGAGCCAAUCCGAAUGCAAGAGCUCUGAAUGGUUUUACUCCACUGCACAUUGCCUGCAAGAAAAACCGCAUCAAAGUCAUGGAACUACUGGUGAAAUAUGGGGCUUCAAUCCAAGCUAUAACAGAGUCUGGCCUCACACCAAUACAUGUGGCUGCCUUCAUGGGCCACUUGAACAUUGUCCUCCUUCUGCUGCAGAACGGAGCCUCUCCAGAUGUCACUAACAUUCGUGGGGAGACUGCACUGCACAUGGCUGCCCGGGCAGGGCAGGUGGAAGUCGUGAGAUGCCUCCUGAGAAAUGGUGCCCUUGUUGAUGCUCAAGCCAGGGAGGAACAGACACCAUUGCAUAUUGCUUCCCGCCUGGGUAAAACAGAAAUUGUCCAGCUGCUUCUCCAACAUAUGGCUCAUCCAGAUGCGGCCACGACAAAUGGGUACACGCCACUGCACAUCUCUGCCAGGGAGGGCCAAGUAGAUGUGGCAUCGGUCCUCUUGGAAGCUGGAGCAGCCCACUCCCUAGCCACUAAGAAGGGUUUUACUCCACUCCAUGUAGCAGCCAAGUAUGGAAGCCUGGAUGUGGCAAAACUUCUCUUGCAACGCCGUGCUGCUGCGGAUUCAGCCGGGAAGAAUGGCCUUACCCCGCUCCAUGUUGCUGCUCAUUAUGACAACCAGAAGGUGGCGCUGCUGUUACUGGAGAAGGGUGCUUCCCCUCACGCCACUGCCAAGAAUGGCUAUACUCCUUUACAUAUUGCUGCCAAGAAGAAUCAAAUGCAGAUAGCUUCAACACUCUUGAACUAUGGAGCUGAGACUAACAUUGUGACAAAACAAGGGGUCACUCCACUUCAUCUGGCCUCCCAGGAGGGGCACACAGAUAUGGUCACCUUGCUUCUGGAAAAAGGAGCCAAUAUCCACAUGUCAACCAAGAGUGGACUCACAUCCUUACACCUUGCAGCCCAGGAAGAUAAAGUGAAUGUUGCUGAGAUACUCACCAAACAUGGAGCUGACCAGGAUGCUCAUACGAAGCUUGGUUAUACUCCUUUAAUUGUGGCCUGUCACUAUGGAAACGUGAAAAUGGUCAACUUUCUUCUGAAGCAGGGAGCAAAUGUCAAUGCAAAAACCAAGAAUGGCUACACGCCUUUGCACCAGGCUGCCCAGCAGGGCCACACGCACAUCAUCAAUGUCCUGCUUCAGCACGGAGCCAAACCCAACGCCACCACAGCGAAUGGCAACACCGCCCUGGCGAUUGCUAAGCGUCUGGGCUACAUCUCGGUGGUCGACACCCUGAAGGUCGUGACAGAGGAGGUGACCACCACCACCACGACAAUCACUGAAAAACAUAAGCUAAAUGUUCCUGAGACGAUGACUGAGGUCCUUGAUGUGUCUGAUGAAGAAGGUGACGACACAAUGACAGGUGAUGGAGGAGAGUACCUUAGGCCUGAAGACCUAAAAGAACUAGGUGAUGACUCUCUACCCAGCAGCCAGUUCCUGGAUGGUAUGAAUUACCUGCGAUACAGUUUGGAGGGAGGACGAUCUGACAGCCUUCGAUCCUUCAGUUCCGACAGGUCACACACCCUGAGCCAUGCCUCCUACCUGAGGGACAGUGCCAUGAUUGACGACACCGUUGUGAUCCCCAGCCACCAGGUGUCAACUCUAGCCAAGGAGGCAGAAAGGAAUUCUUAUCGUCUAAGCUGGGGCACUGAGAAUUUAGACAACGUGGCUCUUUCUUCCAGCCCUAUUCAUUCAGGUUUCCUGGUUAGUUUUAUGGUGGAUGCCCGAGGUGGUGCUAUGCGAGGAUGCAGACACAACGGGCUCCGAAUCAUUAUCCCUCCUCGGAAAUGCACUGCCCCAACACGAGUCACUUGCCGACUGGUCAAACGCCAUAGACUGGCGACCAUGCCUCCAAUGGUGGAAGGAGAAGGCCUGGCCAGUCGCCUGAUUGAAGUUGGACCUUCUGGUGCUCAGUUCCUUGGUAAACUUCACCUGCCAACGGCUCCUCCCCCACUUAAUGAGGGAGAAAGUUUGGUCAGCCGCAUCCUUCAGCUGGGGCCUCCUGGAACCAAAUUCCUUGGGCCUGUGAUUGUGGAGAUCCCUCAUUUUGCGGCUCUUCGAGGGAAGGAACGGGAACUGGUGGUCCUGCGCAGUGAGAACGGGGACAGCUGGAAAGAGCACUUCUGUGAAUACACCGAAGAGGAGCUGAAUGAAAUCCUCAAUGGUAUGGAUGAAGUGCUAGAUAGCCCAGAAGACCUAGAAAAGAAACGAAUCUGCCGCAUCAUCACUCGUGACUUCCCACAGUACUUUGCAGUGGUGUCUCGCAUCAAACAGGACAGCAAUCUGAUUGGCCCCGAAGGAGGUGUGCUGAGCAGCACAGUGGUGCCCCAGGUGCAGGCAGUCUUCCCAGAAGGGGCACUAACUAAGCGGAUCCGUGUAGGCUUACAGGCUCAACCUAUGCACAGUGAACUGGUUAAAAAAAUUCUAGGCAACAAAGCUACCUUCAGCCCAAUAGUCACUUUGGAACCUAGAAGAAGAAAAUUCCACAAGCCAAUUACCAUGACUAUUCCUGUCCCCAAAGCUGCAAGUGAUGUCAUGUUGAAUGGUUUUGGGGGUGAUGCACCAACUUUAAGAUUACUAUGCAGUAUAACAGGUGGAACCACCCCUGCUCAGUGGGAAGAUAUUACAGGAACUACGCCAUUAACAUUUAUCAAUGAAUGUGUUUCCUUUACAACAAAUGUGUCUGCCAGGUUCUGGUUGAUAGAUUGCCGACAGAUCCAAGAAUCCGUUACUUUUGCAUCACAGGUGUAUAGAGAAAUUAUCUGUGUUCCUUAUAUGGCCAAAUUUGUAGUGUUUGCCAAAUCACAUGACCCCAUUGAAGCCAGGUUGAGAUGCUUCUGCAUGACUGAUGAUAAAGUGGAUAAGACCCUUGAGCAACAAGAAAACUUUGCUGAGGUGGCUAGAAGCAGAGAUGUGGAGGUGUUAGAAGGAAAACCCAUCUAUGUAGAUUGCUUUGGAAACCUGGUGCCAUUAACUAAGAGUGGCCAACAUCACAUAUUCAGUUUUUUUGCCUUUAAAGAAAAUAGACUUCCUCUCUUUGUCAAGGUACGUGACACUACUCAGGAACCUUGCGGACGACUAUCAUUUAUGAAGGAGCCAAAAUCCACAAGAGGGCUGGUGCAUCAAGCUAUUUGCAACUUAAACAUCACUCUGCCAAUUUAUACAAAGGAAUCAGAGUCAGAUCAAGAACAGGAAGAAGAGAUCGAUAUGACUUCAGAAAAAAAUGAUGAGACAGAAUCUACAGAAACAUCUAUCCUGAAAAGUCACCUGGUUAAUGAAGUUCCCGUCCUAGCAAGUCCGGAUUUACUCUCUGAAGUUUCUGAGAUGAAACAAGACUUGAUCAAAAUGACUGCCAUCUUGACCACAGAUGUGUCUGAUAAGACAGGCGCUAUUAAAGUGAAGGAGCUGGUGAAGGCGACCGAGGAAGAGCCAGGCGAGCCCUUUGAAAUUGUGGAAAGGGUCAAAGAGGACUUAGAGAAAGUGAACCAAAUCCUGAGGAGUGGAAGCUGUGCGAGAGAUGGAGGCAGUGUGCAAAGUUCUCAGUCAGAAAGAGUGUUAGUGGAAGAGGACUGGGUUGUUGUCAGUGAGGAGGAAAUAGAAGAGGCGAAGCAAAAGGCCCCUUUAGAAAUCACUGAAUACCCAUGUGUAGAAGUUAGACUAGAGAAAGAGGCUAAAGUGAAAGUAGAAAAAGAUUCAACUGGGUUAGUGAACUACCUUAUUGAUGAUCUAAACUCAUAUGCGGGUCAUCAUGAUGUGCAACCGCAGACAGUUAAAGAGAUGACAGGGCAGAAGCGUGAGGCUCUGGCUGGUGGCAGGAGCUCUGGAAAUGAGGGGAAAAGUGCACCUCCAGAUGAGCCUCGGGGUAUCCAGGAACAGCACAAGCCAAACCUGGGAAUAAAGAAGCCAGUGAGAAGGAAAUUAAAAGAAAAACAGAAGCAAAAAGAGGACAGUUUACAAGUUGGUGCAGAUAAAACUGCACUUAAAAAAGGUAGUUCAGAAGAAUCUUUGGAUGAAGACUCAGGCUUAGCCCCUGAGACUCUUCCCACUGUGAAAGCCACAUCUCCUUUGAUAGAGGAAACUCCCAUUGGCUCCAUCAAGGACAAGGUAAAAGCCCUGCAGAAGCGAGUGGAAGAUGAACAGAAAGGUCGAAGCAAGUUGCCAGUCAGAGUCAAAGGCAAAGAAGAUGUGCCCAAAAAGAUCACCCACAGGACACAUACAGCUGCAUCACCCUCGCUGAAAUCGGAAAGGCACUCACCAGUGUCACCUUCCUCUAAACUAGAAAGGCACACUUCUCUUUCCACUUCUGCCAAAACAGAAAAGCAUCCUCCUGCAUCACCGUCAAGUAAAACUGACAAACACUCACCUGUGUCACCCUCUUCAAAAACAGAAAGACAUCCGCCUGCCUCAUCAAGUAAAACCGAGAAGCACUCACCUGUUUCACCUUCGGUGAAAGCAGAGAGACACUCCCCUGGGUCACCGUCAACAAAAGCAGAAAGACACUCGCCUGCAUCCCCUUCAGGUAAAACAGACAAACGUCCACCUGUCUCACCAUCUGGGAGAACAGAGAGACACCCACCAGUUUCACCAGGAAGGACAGAAAAACGAUUACCUGUGUCACCUUCUGGAAGAAUGGAGAAACACCCACCUGUGUCAACCUCUGGGAAAACAGAAAAGCACCUACCGGUAUCACCUUCGGGUAAAGCAGACAAGCAACCACCUGUCUCCCCUACCUCAAAAACAGAAAGAAUUGAAGAGACGAUGUCUGUUCGUGAACUGAUGAAAGCUUUCCAGUCAGGUCAGGACCCCUCUAAACAUAAGACAGGACUCUUUGAACAUAAAUCAGUAAAACAAAAGCAGCCACAAGAAAAAAGCAAAGUUCAGAAAGAAAAGGGACCGAUUACCCAGAGAGAAACUCAGAAAAUAGAGAGUCAGACAAUCAAGCGAGGACAGAGAUUUUUAGUAACAGGUGCUUCAGAGUCCAAACGAGGAGUCCGUGUUUCCUCGAUAGGUUUCAAGAAAGAAGAUGUAGUUGGAGAAAAGGAGAAAGCUUUCAGUCACAAAACACCUGAGCCUGUUCAGCCAGCCGUCCAAGAAGAAAGUAAAAAAGAGACUGAGGUCCCCCAAGAAAAGGUGACUGAUGAACAAGGAGAAAUGGAUCUCCAAAUUAGCCCGGACAGGAAAACGUCCACUGACUUUUCUGAGGUCAUUAAGCAAGAGUUAGAAAACAAUGACAAAUACCAACAAUUCCGCUUGAACGAAGAGACUGAAAAGGCCCAGCUUCACUUAGACCAAGUUCUUACGAGCCCGUUCAAUACAACAUUCCCGCUAGAUUAUAUGAAAGAUGAAUUCCUUCCAGCUUUGUCGUUACAGAGCAGUGCUUUAGACGGUAGUUCUGAGAGCCUAAAGCAUGAAGGGAUUGCAGACUCGCCAUGUGGCAGCCUGAUGGAAGGGACCCCUCAAAUUAGUUCAGAAGAAAGCUAUAAGCAUGAAGGUCUAGCAGAGACCCCAGAGACAAGUCCAGAAAGCCUUUCUUUCUCACCAAAGAAAAGUGACCAACAAAUUGAGGAAACUACCAAGUUAGAAACAGCAAUGGAAAGUCAUUCUGAAAAAGAACUUCCCACCACCAAAGACAGUAGUGAUAGUUCUGAAGAGCAAGGUGCUGUAGUCCCUGAAGGCACAGAUGGCUCUGAUGAUUGUAUUCUAAAAGAGGCCACCCUAGAAUCAAAAGCUGAGCAGGGAGAUAGCACUGGCAUAGACAAUCUACCAUUAGUGGAAGAAACAACCAAAAGACUGACUGAGGAAGUUACUUAUGAUGAAAAUCAAGUAGCAAGUAGUGGUUCAACCCCUAAGACACAAACUGAUAUUGAGGUUCAGAAAUCCACCACCACUGAACUCUCAGACGAGGUCACGACCUCACCAUUACCUGAUACUUCUGUGAAGAUGGACUCAGGGACUGAAUCAAAGCCUCAGGGAGUCAUUAGAAGCCCCCAAGGAUUAGAACUUGCACUCCCUAGCCGCGAUAGUGAAGUCCUCAGCCCUAUGGCUGAUGAAUCUUUAGCUGUAAGCCACAAAGACUCUCUGGAAGCCAGCCCUGUACUGGAAGAUAACUCCUCUCACAAAACCCCAGAUUCUCUGGAACCCAGUCCUCUGAAAGAAUCUCCUUGUCGUGACUCUCUUGAGAGCAGCCCUGUUGAACCAAAGAUGAAGGCUGGCAUUCUUCCAAGUCAUUUUCCUCUUCCUUCAGCCAUCACCAAAGCAGAACUUGUUACAGAAGUGGCCACCAUGCGGUCCCGGUUACUCCGAGACCCUGACGGCAGCGCUGAGGAUGACAGUCUUGAGCAGACAUCACUCAUGGAGAGCUCAGGGAAGAGCCCCCUUUCUCCUGACACACCCAGCUCUGAAGAAAUUAGCUAUGAGGUCACACCUAAAGCCACAGAUGUCAGCACACCUAAACCGGCCGUGAUUCACGAGUGUGCAGAGGAGGAUGACUCUGAAAAUGGAGAGAAGAAGAGGUUCACUCCCGAGGAGGAAAUGUUUAAAAUAGUAACCAAAAUCAAGAUGUUUGAUGAACUUGAACAGGAAGCAAAGCAAAAAAGAGAUUACAAGAAAGAACCCAAGCAAGAAGAGUCUUCAUCCUCUGACCCAGAUGCUGACUGUUCAGCAGAGGUGGACGAGCCAAAGUGUGUGGAAAAUGGUGGUGGGGAAAGUGAUAUUCCUGUAGUAAUGACGUCAGAAAGCCGCAAGACUUCUUCCUCCUCAGAAAGUGAACCUGAGCUGACCCAGUUGAAAAAAGGUGCUAACUCAGACCUCUUAGCAGAACCAGUUAUUCGAGUAGAACCUCCAUCGCCACUUCUAUCCAGCAUGGAUUCCAGUUCCAGUCCUGAAGAAGUACAGUUCCAACCAAUAGUUUCGAAACAAUACACCUUCAAGAUGAAUGAAGAGAUUCUGGAAGAGCCAGGAAAAUGCAAAGAAGAAAAAGACUGUGAAUCUCGUUUGCCAGAAGAUAGCCAUGCUAUUUCCACUGAUGGUCCAGACACGUCUUAUGAUGAUCUAAGCAGAGACGUUGAGCAGCCUAAAAUCUGUGAUGGGCAUGGCUGUACGCCUGUGAGUCCUGGCGACUCAACCACUCCAAUCUGUUCAGGUCUACAGAGCUCAGCCGCUGCUCAUAUGGAUGAACAGCUGCUCAUCCAUAAAGAAUCCUUAGCUCUUGAAGACAGUCACAAAAUAGACACAGAAGAUGAAGAGCUUGAUGGUUCAAAAGUAGAAUCUUUGAAAGUAGAAUGUUCCAGUGAAAGCUCUUCAUCUUUGUCCUCUCUGACUCAUUGUCCAGUAUCUGAAGGCAAAGAACUAGAUGAAGACAUAUCAUCUACAUCUUCUGCUGUAAAAAUGGAGAUCACACAAAAUGACCAAAGUUUAGGGAGUCUGCCAGCAGAUUGUUCCACUGAAGAGUCUUCCCAAACUAUGCAAACAGAUAGAUUAUCCAUAGAUGUUCCAGUGUCCGAUCCAACUGAAAUGGAUGGAAUCUAUGAUACUCAAAUCAUAAGCCCUUAUGAAAAUGUUCCUUCCCAAUCCUUUUUUUCAAGUGAAGAAAUGCAAACCCAAACAGAUGUGAGACACACCACAAGUUUUCACUCUUCAGAAGUAUACUCUGUUGUUGUCACAUCCUCUGUUGAAAAUGUCGUAGUGGAAAACUCCUCUAGCGGAACUGUUUCAAGAGAACAAUCUAAUUUUGAAACCCAGGCCCUGGGAGUAGAAUCAGAACAGGACAACUCAGUGUGGGAAAAGCAAUCAGAAAGCAGUGCCUCAUCUUUAGAGCCUCAGGUACCAAAAGAAUCAACAGCCAUGAGUGGACAAGUAAGCAAAGUCAUUAUCACAAAAACGGAUGUGGAUUCUGAUUCCUGGAGUGAAAUCCGUGAAGAUGAUGAAGCCUUUGAGGCACGAGUAAAAGAGGAAGAACAAAAAAUAUUUGGUUUGAUGGUAGACCGACAAUCACAGGGGACUACCCCUGACACUACUCCUGCUAGGACCCCAACUGAGGAGGGGACGCCAACGAGUGAACAAAAUCCAUUCCUCUUUCAGGAAGGAAAGCUGUUCGAGAUGACCCGAAGUGGUGCUAUUGAUAUGACCAAAAGAAACUAUGCAGAUGAAAGUUACCACUUUUUUCAAAUUGGACAAGAAUCCGGAGAUGAGACUCUUUCUGAAGACAUGAAAGUCGGGGUUCCUAAGACUGAGGCCCCACAGCUGGAAACAUCGGCUGAGCCACUAACACUUUCAGCUUCAAAAGACACAGUAGAUGAUGAAACGGACCUACUUCCAGCUGACCUGAAUGAAAGUGGAGAUGAGGUAUCUGCCACAGAUACUCAACUUAAGUCCCAAAUGGGGAUGACAGCUUCUAUUGAAACCUCAACCAAAGAGGAUACUUCUGCAGGGGAAGAAGAGCUCUCCACCAUGCCAGUGGCUGACACAUCUGCAGUGUCCAAUAUGAAGCAGACAUCUUGCCCUGACUCUCCUGAACCAGUACAAGUGCAGUUAGACUUUUCCACAGUCACCAGGUCUAUAUAUUCAGAAAGGGAUGAUGAUUCUCCUGAUUCUUCCCCAGAGGAACAAAAAUCUGUGAUUGAAAUCCCUACUGCACCCAUGGAGAAUGUGCCUUCUACUGAAAGCAAAUCCAAAAUACCUGUAAGGACUGUGCCUGCUGCAGCACCAGCACCUCCAUCUGCAGAGUGCGAAACUGCCCUUUCUGACAAUUUCUUGCCCAGUCUGGAUGAUGAAAGUAAGGAGGAUGAAGCCAAACCAAAGUCCAAAAUCCCUAUUAAAGCACCCAGCCAAAGAGCCGAGCAACAGCCUCCACACCUAGACUCAUCUCUCCAGGAGAUGGUGGCUCCUGAGGGUGUGGACGUGGCAAGCAGAGCACCAGAUAAUAGAAGCAAAUCUGAAUCUGAUGCUAGUAUUUUGGACUCAACAGUCAAAAGUCCAGUAAAAAGUAGAAGUUACAAUGAGGCAGAAACAGAGAGCAGGGAGAAAGCAGAGGAACUUGAGUUAGAAUCAGAAGAAGGGGCAACAGGACCAAAGAUUUUUUCAUCACGAUUGCCAGUUAAGAGCAGAACUACCACAUCUUCCUGCAGAGGGAGCAUGAGCCCCACAAAAGAAAGUAAGGAACAUUUCUUUGACAUGUACAGAAACUCUAUAGAAUUCUUUGAGGAGAUUAGUGAUGAGGCCUCCAAGUUAGUGGAUAGGCUUACGCAGUCAGAAAGGGAGCAGGAUUUAGUUUCAGAUGAUGAGAGUAGUAGUGCCCUGGAAGUGUCAGUAAUUGAAAAUCUACCACCUGUUGAGACCGAGCACUCAGUUCCUGAGGACAUCUUUGACACAAGGCCCAUUUGGGAUGAGUCCGUUGAGACUCUGAUUGAGCGCAUCCCUGAUGAAAAUGGCCAUGACCAUGUUGAAGAUCCACAGGAUGAGCAGGAACGGAUCGAGGAGAGACUGGCUUAUAUUGCUGAUCACCUUGGCUUCAGUUGGACAGAAUUAGCAAGAGAACUAGAUUUCACUGAAGAGCAAAUUCAUCAAAUUCGAAUUGAGAACCCCAACUCCCUCCAAGACCAGAGCCAUGCACUGCUGAAGUACUGGCUGGAAAGGGAUGGGAAACAUGCUACAGAGUCCAAUCUUAUUGAAUGUCUUACCAAGAUCAACCGAAUGGAUAUUGUUCAUCUCAUGGAGGCCAGCACAGAACCUCUUCAGGAGCGCAUCAGUCACAGCUAUGCAGAAAUUGAACAAACCAUUACAUUGGAUCAUAGUGAAGGAUUCUCAGUACUUCAGGAGGAGCUAUGCACUACACAGCACAAAGAGAAAGAACAGCUCGUGUCUAAAGAAAACGAAUCCUGUGAUCAUCCUCCUAUCGUAUCAGAGGAAGAUAUCUCUGUCAGUUAUUCCACCUUUCAGGAUUGCAUCCCCAAAACUGAGGCGGGAAGUUCAGGAACAGAGCUUUUACCCCAAAGUGACAAGGAGCAAGUUCAACAAGAUUUCUCAGGGAAAAUGCAAGACUUGAUUGAAGGGUCAUCUCUUGAACAUCAGCAAGAAUACUUUGUGACAAGCCCAGGAACAGAUGUGUCAGAAACGCAAAAGCUUACAGUGGUUUCUGGAUCUCCCAGCAAGACACCUGAAGAAAUCAGUACCCCUGCUGAGGAGGAGAGGCCAUAUCUCCAAACCCCAACACCAAGUGAAAGAGGCAGUUCUCCCAUCAUACAAGAACCCGAAGAGUCCCCGGCGCAGAAAGAAGAGAGUUCUCCACGAAGAACAAGCCUUGUGAUAGUGGAGUCGGCCGAUGACCAGCCACACAAUAUUGAUAUGCCUGAUGAAGACGCGGCUUUUCAAAAGGGAGAUGAUAUGCCAGACAUACCCCCCGAAACAGUCACAGAGGAAGAAUACAUUGAUGAGCAUGGACACACGGUGGUCAAAAAGGUUACUAGAAAAAUCAUUAGGCGGUAUGUAUCCUCCGAUGGCAUAGAGAAAGAAGAGAUUACAAUGCAGGGAAUGCCACAGGAACCUGUUAUCAUCGAGGAAGGGGAUGGCUUUUCCAAAGUAAUAAAACGAGUUGUUCUAAAGAGUGACACCGAGCAGUCUGAGGACAACCAUGAGUAAAGCCAGCACCCAGAAGAGGGCUGUGGUGAAGGACCAGCAUGGAAAACACAUUCACUUGGAGCAUCUGGAGGAUGUCCCAGAAGCACUAGACCAGGACGACCUCCAGCACGACCUCCAGCGACUCCUUCGGCAUUUCUGCAGGGAGGACUCAAAGCCAGAGGCCAAAUAAGGGGCUGCCCAAUUCUCACACCAGAAACCCCACACUCACUCAAUAUGCAACUUCCCAUUUCACUAGCGGAGUGACCGUGUCCGGCUUCAUUAAUGGGACACCCUGACACUUUUCGGCAAAUACACUGCAUUCUCCUUUAGUUUUCCCCUACCUUUUCACCUGUCCACUAAGUUGUGACCAAAGAUAGCAUCCUUUCUACUGGAUGCUGUAUCCACUACUUUGUUGUGUCCGUGCGAACUUGGGAUCUGGCCACCUCAAUUGUUCUUUGCUUCUGCACAAGCUCCAUGAAAAUCCAUUGAUCAGAAGAACUUCACCUGCAGACCUCUUCAAGUGAGGACAUAGAGAAACACCUCAGAGGGAGAUCCAUGUACAAUGUAUAUAGUUGAAAUGCUCAGAUGAACAACCUGUUACAAUUAAAACCACUGCCUACCAUAACUACACUGGGCAUCAUGGAAUAAAAGGCCUCUAGAAAUUACUGAACAAUGGUUAAUUAAGAUAUUGCUAACACAAUCGGAGGAGAAUACAGUUCUCUACUGCAAAAGGAGCACUUCAGACCUACCAUGUCCUUAGAACUUCCAGAGUAGCCACUGCUUCGAGUUAAAAGAUGGGUUAAUAACCAUGAAGAACUGUUCUUACUAAGACAUUAUGGCUGGUGCUGGACAGACUCGAUUUCUGACUCUCCAGCAGCUCCUCCAAUGGAGAGAAGAAGGCGAACAGAAUUAAAGAGUGAGGUAUUCAGUUGCUAGCAGCUACAUCUGUGGUGUUCUAGCAUCUUCAGGUCUUUUAGAUUUGAACAAGUUGGCAGGGUAUUUUAAAAAGCUAUAACUACUGUAGUUUUUCAGUUUUCAUUGCUGCUUUAGCAAACCACACUGUCUUACUGGUGGUACUUUCUUCUGUCCACUGCACUGUAGAUAAUUCAUUGGAAACAAGAUAAUACCCGUGACACAAAAGCUUAAACUCCUUCACCAUGUUUGAGUGGUUAAUUUUUUUUUCUUUUCCCAGGUUUAUAUCUUCUCUAAUACCUGCAUGUGGCAUUUAAAAAAUUAAAACCUACAGAACUCUCUACUAAUCCCAUUAAUGAUUUUUUUUCCCAUUCUUUAUCCAUGAAUUGAGCAGUUAUCACUUCUCAGUGAAGUCUGAUUUUCAGCUUGCAGAAAAGAUUGAGAAAUCUUUAAAAUCUGGUUUUGGUUAAAAACGUUGGCUUAUAUAUUUGAAACCCAGACUCCCCUGGGAACGCUUACGUGCACUGUAAUGCUUAAGUGCAUUUGUGCACUUUUCUAUUUGUUUGCUUCAAAGAAGGGAAUAGAACAAUCUGAAUGAUUCCCAUGUUGUAGCCCUUAUUCCUCUAGUGGUUGAAGCAGUGUAGCAUUUUAACAUAUAUCUAUAUUCGCAAAUAUAUUCAUAUAAACAGUAUACAUUUGAAUCAGUUAUUUGUUAAAGAAAAGUAUAUUCAAUGAAGAAGACAUUAAAAAAAUUCCUCCAGGGAUUGAAAAUUUUCCAACUCUAUCUGGUCCUUUCCUGUUGUGCAGAUAUGACUCAGUGCUCCAAAUGUCAAAAACAAAUGCGACAAACAAUAGCACUUCAUCAUUUAAAAUAACAUUGCCAAGGGAGAAAAAUGUUCUGGGAGGGAGGUUUCCCGGAAGCCAAACCUCCUGAGCCUCUAAUGCUAGCACUUUCUGGCUGUCAGAUAGGAAAGAAAGCAUUCUUUGGCAGCCAAAAUGAGAGAGGCCCAUGGUGAAACUUUUUGAGACACACCGUGGCCUUUUUUGUCAAAACCUUCACUGGAGCUCAAGAAAAGCAUUUCUGUUGUGUUAUUUGCAGUGCAGAUGAUGUCUGUGUAACAACAUAAUGGUUAUUCACCUUUUUUUUGAAAAUUGAUUUUUGCUGUGUUAUCAAAAAAACUUGAAUACUGUGAGAAGAAGUGAAUUUUCAGUUGAUGAAUCAGCAUCUUGUUCCCAUGGUGAUAACACUAAUUGAAUAUAUCUAUGAGGGCAUGUAUUAGUUAAUGGAAAAAAAAAUACAACACUAACAAUACAUAGCUGCAAUGUGUACAAUGGCUGAUUUACUUAAAUAAAAUGUACAAGUGUUAAAUGUGGC